AUGGAGAAGAGGGCAGUCAAAGACGCUGAGACUUACUACGGCGAUGUUACAGAAGCAAACCAGAACAAGCGACCUCCGAUUUGGCGACUUGAGUACAACACGAGACAAUUCUACAACAUGUCCGACUUUUCUCCUCAGUCAUGGUCAGACCUGAGCGACAGAUUAUGGAAGGACAAAAAUCUCUUCAAAGGAUUUAUGAAGCACUAUUACCGAAACGACUAUAACAACGAGUGCUAUAUGGAUGACAAAUGCAGGAAGGCGUUUGUUUGUGGUAUGAAAUCAGCGAGGAGUUACGACGAAACCUUCUCCUUGCGUGAACUCACUGAUAUUCCCUGUUCAGUAGAAGAAGUUAGGAUGUUCAGAAGAGCUUUCAAAUUUAUAUAUCGCCGUCGGAGGAAGAGAGAUAGAGAAGAAGACGAGGAGAGAAAAAGAAGUCCAUCGUCAUCGUCAUCCAAAGAAGAUUCAAAAGAACAGAAGACACCUGUCAAGUCGGACGAACCGGCGAAGAAAGAAGGCGAAGCAGAGGAUGAACUGUACACCGUGCAACAACCAGAGGGAGCUACUUCAGCCUUCCCUGUAGGUAAUUGGUCGAGUAAGGGAGCAGAAAAAAGAAUUGGCGAAGAACCUACCACAGCAUAUAUGACUACUCAAGAACCAGAAACGGCUACUCCUCGAAAAGAGAAGCAAGAUUCUGAAGAGAAAGGGGAAGGUGUAAUUGAAUCCACGAAAGUUAAAUUAAGGAAAAUAGCAUCUAUAAGAAAACGGAAAGGUGCCGUCACUAUUGGAGGUUCCGACGAAACGAAAACUGCGAUGGUGCAACUGACCCCGCCUCCCUUACGGAAGAAAUCCACACAAAGAGACAAGAAAAAAGCAGCCAAAGACAAGAAAGGCAACGUCGAAGACGAAGAACAGAAGAUGGAAACGCGUGCGGUCCCAAAUGUAACCAUACCAGAAAUGUAUCGUAAGAAGCUAAAGAAACCGUCACCUCCUCCCCCUCCACCGCCCAUACCUGAUGAAGACAAGAAAGAGUCAGAGGAGGAAGUAGACUAUUGGCUUUACCCAGAUGGGAAGCCAAAGAAGAAUUUCGAGAUCUCAGAAAUUCCAUCAAAAGGAGAUUUCCUGUUGAGGGAUACAAAUGCAGUGUCUGCAGCAAAAUCUGCCCUAUCAAAACCUCCGGAAUUGCCAGACAGCUACGGAGUUGCUGAUCGACCGGUUCUACAAAAGUCAAAAGACCAAGGACCACCUUCAAUCACAAAACAACCAAAACAAGUCGCCGAGAUUCCAAAGAAGUCUCCUGAUGUGCCUCCAUACCCAGUUCCUCCCACCAAAAAGCCAGACUAUUUUUCGACUGCUCCUGCCAAACCACCGCCAAGCUUCAAAGGGUUCUUACCCCAACAACCAAACUAUUUUCCAGGUCCUCCCGCGCCUAGUUACCCUCCAGUACCUCCUCCACAACCGCCCUACUUUUCUCCCGGACCUUCUCCGAAACCGGCCUACCCUACAGAGUCUUCUCCUCCACAGCCAUACAUUCCUCCCGCACCUCCUCCAAAGCCUGCCCAGUUUCCAGGGUCUUCUCCUCAACAGCCCAAUUAUUUUCCAGGGCCUCCUGCAAAACCGGCAGGUUAUCUUGGCGGAUCUUCGCCGCAACAGCCAAACUAUUUCGCAGCACCUCCUGCAGGCCCUCCUAAUUACUUCGCGGAACAGCCAUUAAAGCAACCUCGUCCUCCUGUACCACCGCCGCCAGGGGUUCCGCAAGUGGUAGCAGAACCGCCUAGGAAACCAGAUCAACGUUUUACGCCUCCUGCAAAGCAUACGCUGUCAGCGACAUCUGACUACUUUCGACCGCCAGGAGCACAAUAA